AAGCGAUGGACCGAGGAGGAAGACCGACUGUUGAUCACCGCCAUGAAGGCCUUUCCCAACGGCAAGUAUUCGUGGAAGGCGAUCGCGGCCAACAUCCCGGAUCGAACGACCAAAGACUGUCGCAAGCGGUGGGUCAGCGGCCUCAACGGCUCCCUGCGCAAGGGUUGCUGGUCCGCCGCCGAAGACGAGGCCCUGAAGAAGAGCGUCAACGAGCACGGCAACGACUGGGCCAAGAUCUCCACCAUUGUUGGCCACCGCUCAGGGGACCAGUGCUCCAAGCGGUGGAAAGAGGUCCUCGAUCCGACAAUAAAGCGAGAGGCGUGGUCGGAGGAAGAGGACACCAAGCUGCUUGACCUCUACUACAACCUCGGCACGUCGUGGAACAAGAUCGCAACCCACUUUGACGGGCGACGUGCCCUCAGCUGCCGCAACCGU